CCACUGUAACUACUCAUGCUGAAUGUGAAACUUCAAAUCUAGUCAAACAGUCAUUACCACCAGUGUUGCACUCAGAUCCUGUAGAACAGACAUCAGUGUAUCAAUGGGAUUUAACUUCAUUGAAAUUACCAUCCCUUUCUUCAUCUGUCCAUAGUAAUAAUAAUAAUACUAAUAACAGCAAUCUUGAAUCGCAGAAUACUGCAGCUAAUCAAUCGCAUAGAACAGAAUCCACUUAUGACUACUUGGAGAAUCAAAGAUUAUCUGAUUAUCUACCUUUACCAAAACUGCAACUGUCGUCGGGUAAAGAAACAAAUUUCACCAGUCGUCAACCCGUUAAAUCGUCCGAGUUAUCAUCAUCAGAUGAGAAUAUGUUAUCUAAAGAAGAACAAGAAACUGAAAGACGAAUUAAUCAAAUUUUACUAGCUGCUAAAGUUGCAAUGGAUUAUGAAAAACAAAUUAAAUCAGCUGCUGCUGUUGGGAGUGGUGGUGAUGGUAGUACUAUAUCUGAUGAAUUAGUUGUCAAGGCUACAAGUGAAGCGUUUAAUACUGCUAUGAAAAAUUUGCCUGCAAUAUCUGAUUGUCAUCAUAGUGGUAUUUGUAAUCCAUUGGUGUCUACAGUUUCUAAUGGUGAUCUACAGACUACCGAUUCUGGAAGCGUUAUUAAUUCUUUAAUGUCAACUGGUGGCAAAACUACCGAUACACUCACCUCCUCCUACUGCUCUUCCUCUUCUAAUCUGCCAACUUACUCAAACAGUUUGUCAAAACUAACAGCCUAUAAUACAGAACCCAACUCCACAUUGUUUAGUAGUUCAAAUAACUUAUUUAGUGGAAAUAUCAUUACAACUACUUGUCUACCGACUGUAUAUAGUUUACAAAGUGUUGAAACAAACUCCAGUCAGCUACCUUCUAGUCAACCAACAACCACAACAAUAAUACCACCUGUAUACUCGAACAAUAUAGUCUGUCCGACAAAUCUGUCUGUGCCAGUUAUAUCAACUGGGAUUACUGUUGCAGAUUUGCUCAAACUAUUCACUGCUCAAAUCACUAAUAAUUCAAUCAUCAAUCCAGACAAUUCAGUCAUCAAAUUAGCCUCAGGUUGUGUUAACCAACAGAAGAAUUUCUCUCAUCUUACAGAAAUACAAUCAUCAACUGAAAAUAUGAAUGAUUCAAGCAGAAUGGAAACUAAUGGAAAUAUUUUAUUCAAUAAUAAUCAUAAUCAUAGUAGUAGUAUUUUGUUAUUCCCUAAUUAUUCAUCAUCAUCAUCAUCUAUAAUUGAAGAUAAUCCUAUCACAGUUAAUCUGAAUGAUCCUAAUUACUGUAACCCAGUAUAUACUGUAGCUAAUGAACUGUCAACUGCAUCAAUUAGUAUGAAUCAUCACCAACCUCAUCAUCCGCCUCCACAACCGCCACCCGCGCCUAUUAUUCCACCGUUAGGUAUAUCUCCUGCAUCAAUAUCAACUUUUCCACAAAUAUCUUCUUCAUCCACAUCAUCAAUGUCAUUUCAACAAACUUUAAUGCUUUUAGCUUCAGCGGCAACAGCUACUGGAGUUCACCUGCAAUCAUCCGAUAUCUUAUCUAAGUUAGAUGCUACUGUUAAUGAGAAUCAUUUCAAUUAUUAUACAAAUAAUACUAAUUAUCAUGAAACUACUGAUGAUAAUCUUUCUGAUUCAGUUAGUAAUAAUAAUAAUACCUGUAGUUUAUCCUCAACAUCAUCAUCCCAUAGAGUUUCAACUCUUCCACCAUUGAAACAAGAAGAUAUUGAUAAGUAUUGUGAUGAACUAUCUACAGAAGAGAUAACUCAGCGUACACGUUCACUUCUUAUGCAAUAUUCUAUUAGUCAAAAACUUUUUGGUGCACAUGUACUUGGUUUAUCUCAGGGAAGUGUUUCUGAUUUGCUAGCUCGACCAAAACCGUGGAAAUCGUUGACACUAAAAGGUCGUGAACCAUAUAUAAGAAUGCAAUUAUUUUUAAAUGAUCCUGAUAGUGUCAUAAAACUGUUACAGUCGUCUGCUGUCGCCUCACAGUCAUCUACAAUGACAACAACCACAACAACUAGUACUACUACUACUGCUUCUGCUGUUAUUCCUACUAUGCCAAAAUUAUCUCCAAAUGCACCAAUAUUUGAAUCAACUACCGCCGGUGGGAGUAUCAGUAGUAGUACAUAUGUCAGAUCGAAUUCUAGUCUAUCACCUGAACCUUUACUGGAUCAAGAACGUUAUACUUUCCAAUCGGAUUAUAUUAAUGGUACAUAUCAUAAUGUAAAUAUGCUAUCAUCAAAUCAAUCUGAAUUAGAAAUUAACACAAAUAUUCAUGCCCAACAACAACAGCAAUCUACCGAUCAAACAACAGAAUUGUAUGAUACACAAUAUUAUGCUAAUGGACAAUCUUUAAAUUGUACCAUAUUUGAACCAAUUACAAGUCCAUCUGGUUCACCGACACCAAAUUCUAUACAAAAUGAUCAUUUUAAUGAAAAUGAUAAUAUGCUGACAACAAUAAUUAACAAUGACAAUAAUAAUAAUAAUAAUUGUGGUAAUAAUAAUUAUAAUAAUAAUAAUUCCUAUCAAAGACCAUCAUCAAAACAAGUAAUGGAUUUGGCAACAUCUAUCACAGAUAUGGAUACAACAGCUAUGUGUAGUAAGAUAAAAGAGCUAUUGCAGCGUCAUUCAAUACCACAACGAUUGUUUGGUGAUGUUGUUCUCGGUAUGUGUCAAGCAUCUGUCAGUGAUAUUCUAUCUAAAACUCGUCCAUGGUCUCAACUAUCGAAUAAAGCAAGAAUACCGUAUGUACGUCUGCAUUUAUGGUUACAAGAACCUGAUCAUUUGGAGAUAUUAAAAUCUGCUCAGGCAAAUAUCAAAUCUGUUACACGUCCUAACAGCAAUAAUUCAAGAUUGAAUCAAGUAUACUCCAUGAAUCUAUCAAGUGAAUCACUUUCAAAUCAUUAUAAUAAUCAUGCGUUAAAUCUACCUGCGUCAGAUUCAUCUAAUGGACAGUUUGCAUCGAUUACAGACGAUACAGACAUGAUGUCUAGAGUCAAUUCAGAGAAUGAUAUCAAACCACAACAAUAUCAACAGUUGUCUUUACCAUCGAUGACACUGAUGGCGACGGCGCCAACAACAACAGAAACGUCUGCUACUCCUACCUCCACUACCUCUGCAACAACUCGUAAACGUACUCCAUCAUCAUCGUCGACGGCGUUUAGUAAUCAAGAAAAUAAUAAAAGCAGUAAAUUAUUGAAAAUUGACUCAUUAUCACAAAUGACAGUAUCUUCACCAAAUAAGAAUAAUCAUAGUAACAAGACGAAACAGACUACUAACAGUGGUAGUAGCAGUAGUACACAAGCACCCAUAGAUGAUUUAAAUGAAGAUGAACGUCAAAGUUUAUUUGAUAUAGCCAAGGCUGCAACAGCUGUAAUGCUUUUAGCCUCAUCAAAUUCUAGUCCAUAUCGACAGAAUAGAACAAGGCGAGCAAAAAUGCCUAUAUCACCUAUUCGUAAAAACAAUAAUAAUAAUAAUAAUAAUAAUAGUAAUGUUAAAUCAAAAGUAACAAGUCCAAAUAGUAAACUUCAUAGAAGUAUUACUCCAUCACAGAAGAAAGCGUUAAUAUCUGCGUGUAAAAGUCAUGAGAAUCUAUCUAGUGAUAAAAUGAAAUCACUUGCACAAGAUUUAUGUCUUCCUUAUAAAACGGUUUUCAAUUGGAUUCAAGAAUAUCAGUCAUCUUGCCUUCGGGAUAAUUGUCUGCAAACACCUAUUAAAAUUGAAUCAGAUAUCAAUCAUGAAAGUGAUGAGAAUGAAAGCUCUAAUGAAAUAACCAAUCAUAAAUCAUUAACAAAUUCUUCUCUUUAUCAUCAAGGACAACGUAAUGAAACAAUCGUCCAAUCGUUGACAUCAUCAUCAUCAACAACAACACCGACAUCAACAUCAACUACAUCAAUCGCCUUAUCUGAAAAUAAUUGUUCACAGAGACAAAUUCAACACAAUCGUCGUAAACCAAUUAAUCCAACUAGGCUUGCAUGUGCAAUAGUUGUCAAUUCACCGAAUAAAUCAUUACACGAUAAUCACCAUCCUCAUCCUCACCAUCAUCAUCAUCGUCCUUGUUUGUCAAAUACAAAUGAUCAUGAAAAUUCAAUAGUUCCCGUUACUUGAUGAUUGAUUAUGAUGAUGACGAUAACGGAAUAGUUUUCUUUUCUAUUUUUCUUGUCACUUAAAGUAUACAGACACAAGUUGGUUUUUUUUAAUAUAUCCUUUCUCUGAAUCAAAAGUCAGGGUCUUUUAUUAUUAUUAUCAUCACUAUUAUUAUUAUUAUUUCGUACAUGUGUGUGUUUGUGUGAGGUAUACUGCCCUGCUCUAUAUUAUUACUGCAUUUCAUAUAACAUUAAUGGUAAUAAUAAUGAUAGUAAUGAUAAUUAUUAUGAUUACCGUUUUUUGUAUCAGUGUUUUUUAUUUAUUUCCUAUUUCCGGUGAAAUCCUAAUCAUAAUUUAUCCUAUUUUUCCAUUCGCUGUUUUGUUUUCUACUUUUAAAAGAAAAAUACCAAAUAAUUAUAUGAUUAUACUAACAUUUAUUAUCACUACUACUACUAUCAUUACUUAUGAUUGAUUGAUUGAUUACUCACAACAAAUAGUGUGUCGAAUAAUCAAUUUUUUCUCUUUUUAUAUUAUCCUUAAUUAUGCAUAUAUAAUCUUUUUUAUUUCCAGCCUGGUUUUUUUUCUAUUCACAUUGAUUUCUGACCAUUUUUAAAAAAAACAACUAAAAGGUGAUUUCAUUUGUAUAUAAACAAGUGCUGUAAGAUGCACCCCUGCACAUGUAUAUGUGUGUGCGUGUAUAUUGACUAGAAUUUUUAUUCCCUACGCACCUAUAUAUAUAUAUACCUUUUCACACCUAUCAAUCUAAGAUAUCCAUCUGUCCAUCUAUCUAUCUAUUUAAAUAUCCAAUUAGCGAGUUGUGUGUGUGCGUUGCGCCUGCAUGCGUAGGCGUUGACGUGUCUCUUAUUUCUUAAAUUUCAUUUGUCAUAUCUUUGUCUAUUCUUUUGGUCAACUUAAUGUAUAAGAUUUUAUAUAUCGCACACACACACAUAUACGUAUAUGCAUUAUUUUUCUACUUAAGCAUUUUUUAAUUCCUAAUUGUCCCCCUCACCAACCACGUUAGCCACAACUGCCGCCAGCCACAUUGUACUUAUUUUUCUUUUGUCAUAUCAAUGUUGUCUUUUUACUUUAUCUUUCAACCCCCCUCCCUACCUCUCUAUUUUGGUUUCAGGACCAGUGAACUUAUCGGUAUUACGAAUACUAUAAUUAUGUAAUUAAUUGGCGCUAUUUUAUUCCUUUUGUAAUCAUUAUUACUGUUGUUAUUACUCCUACUACCUACCUAUAUGUAUAUGUGUGUGUGUGUAUUUUCUUACGAUUAAUGUAUAAUUUCCUGUUGUUUUUUUUUACACCUGUUAUUUAUUUAUAUUGGAAGAACAAACAAAACAGUACUACUAACAAUGCGUUCAUCAGUAAUCCAGUUAGUGCAUUUGUGUUUUCCAAAAAGGUUUUUUAUUUUAUAUUCCUACCUAUUGUCUUCAAUAUUGGAUUAUUCUUGCACAGAUAUAUAUAUAUAUAUAUAUAUAUAUAUAUAUAUAUAUAUAUAUAUAUUAAUUCAAUGAAUACUUUCUCUUUCCUAAUUGUAUUUGAUAUAUAUAUACAUGUAUCUCUGUGUGUAUGUAUGUUUAUGUUUAGACUCUUAUGUCAUUCGACAAUUUGUAUAUGUAUGUAUACUAAUCAGAAACUCUAUUUUAAUGAAUUUGUGGUACAUUACAACAGAGGCUGUUUUGUUUUAUCAAAGUUGUGUUUACU